AUGAAAAGGUGGAGUGACGUUGGUCAGUUUAACUACUCUGUAACAGAGUUCUUGCAACAAUUAGCCGUUCAGCUAUGAACAUUUACGUGCUAUUGUUGUUUGGAGCGGCGACGCUCGGUUCAGCAAAUUUUUCUCCGCCCCUGGUAAACAUCAGUUUGGAUGUGCCCGCGGAACAACGAUGGGCUCCGCUGGUAAAAUUAUAUGACGUAGAUUUUUUGAAAAAGGCAGCAGCGCAAGUGAUCGAAUCCAUCUUGCCAAAAUGGGUUCAUCGGGCCGUCAUCCCCAUCGUUCAAAAACUGGGGACACACCUUCCUCAGCCGUAUGGAGCGGAGAUCCGGGGAAUGGCCACUUUCUACGAUACAGCGAUAUCGGACAUAAUCAUGCUGAACUUCGCUUAUGAAGUGUCUGCAUUUUGCACCAGUAUCGUGGCUCAGGACGCAAAGGGAAAUAUCUACCAUGGUAGGAAUCUGGAUUACCCACACGACGUUCUCAGGAACUUGACUAUUGACGUCCUCUACACCAAAAACGGAGAAGUAGCAUACAGAGGAACUACAUUCGCUGGUUAUGUUGGGCUGUGGACUGGGCAGAGCGCAAACAAAUUCACAGUAUCUGGAGAUCAGCGUGAUAAAGGGCACUUAUGGGAGAACAUCAUUUCUGCUUUUCUGUUUAAAAGUUCUCCAGUGAGCUGGCUUGUGAGAGAGACGCUGGAGGAAGCUGUGGACUUCCAGGACGCAGUGAUGCGACUGGCCAAAGUGCCACUCAUUACCGAUGUGUACUACAUUGUGGGUGGCGUCCGUGCGGGUGAAGGAGUCGUUAUCACCAGGGACAGAAGAGGACCCGCUGAUAUUUGGCCCCUGGAUACACUCCAUGGAGAGUGGUAUCGAGUUGAAACAAAUUAUGACCACUGGCUUCCCAAUCCGUCAAGAGAUCCUCGCAGAGAGGCAGCAAUGCAAGCAAUGAACAGCACUGGUGAAAAUGCUAUCAACCUGGAUUCCCUCUAUAAGGUUUUGUCAUUGCCCCCAGUAUGCAACAGGAUCACUGUGUACACAACAGUAAUGUCUGCUGCAGCGCCUGAGAGAUACAGGACAGUGGUCCGAGAGACAUGCAUAAAUUCCUGAAGUCUGUUCCAGCCCAUUCUAAACAGACUUACAAUUCAGUUUAGAACCAACCAUUCCGCCUUUUGAUGUUCACACAUAUAUUUUCUGCAAGAAAUUGGAAUAAUUCCUCAUUUUCAACCCUAAAUUUGAAGAUCAUAGGAUUGUGACUCAUGUACGGUGACAUCAUGCUGUUGAUCAUGUGACAUGUGACAGUUAUAUGUGAGGGACUAUGCAUUUUUUACACUGUGAGCCAACAGAAUGAUUGUAGUCCACUGAUAUAAACAUGCCUUAAAUGUUUGAUCAUGCUGCUGCUUGAAAGAUUUCAUUUUAAGACUGUUAUGUCACUUUUUUAGGGAAUUUUAACUGAUCAUUUUUUUUAAGUUAGUGGGAUGGAAGAAUGGGUCAAAAACCACUGUUGAUUGUAUUAGAAACAUGUUUUAAUUGCUUUGCUGUGAAGUGCCUACACAGGUAACAUAAUACAGAUUAAUGAAUGAAAAAGCCAUGAAGAACAAACUUAAUAAAUUUAAACCGUCU